AUGGCUGUAACGGAGUUUGAUGACGACAUCAAUCGUCGACGCGUCGCGUCUUCGAUGCUCGCGCGGGCGCUCAGGCGCGGUGCGUCGUCGAACAAUACGUGUCUUCGCCUCUCCGAGCGCUCUGUGAGGUGGAUAUCGACGUCGAGCGAUGAUGAGACGCGAACGAACGCGUGGAAUCCGGAUUCACAAAAAUCAGUAAGUCCACCGCCGACGCCGCACGCGCGACGAUGGAGCGUCUCCGUGCACGACGACGGUGGCGUCGGACUGGGCGUCGCGAUGGACUACGACGAUCGCGGCGACGCGUUCGAUCGUGGGCGGAAUCGAAGGAAUUCAACACUCGGAGCGUCGGCGCGGGACGAGUACGAGGAAUACGUCGAGUCGUUGACGCCGAGACAAGCGUCGGUGGUGCACGCGCCGGGGGUUUUGGACAAAGCCACGGGGCGGUACAGGAUUGAGGUGACGACGGGAACGAACCGAGGUGCGGGGACGAACGGUAGGGUGGAGCUCACGUUGGUCGGCGCGGACGGUUUGACGUAUCCGGUGGCGCUGCAGUACGAUAAAGGUAUCGAUCCGCAAUUCUCGCGCGCGUCGUGUCUGCCGUUCCGGUUCGCCGUGAGCGCGCGGCUAGGGGAGUUGCGACGCACGAGAGUGCGACUCGUACCGGAGUUGACGGCGGUGGGAAGGGGGUGGUAUUUGGAUGAUAUCCGCGUCACGUGCGAGAACACCGGAGACGAGUGGGUGUUUCCGUGUCAUCGGUGGUUCGGACAGAGCGAUUCGGGGGAUGGGCAGUCGGGGCCGUACACGCAGGAUCUCGACGCAAAGUCCGCGGAUGAGCUUCGACGCGCUUUCGGGGCGGAAGGGGAGAUGCCGAGGAAGGAGCGCGGGGAGUUUGAGUGCGUCGCGUCCGGCGCCGCGGUGCCGCAUCCGGAGAAGACCAAGCGCGACGGCGCGCGCGCGGUGGUCAGGAGGACGCACGGGCACGGUGGGGAGGACGCAUAUUUCAUCGCGCGCGCGCCGGGACACAAUAACGUGGGCAUGGGGAUCGCGGACGGGGUCUAUCUGUGGCGAUGGCAGGGUAUCGACGCGGGCGAGUACUCUCGGGCGCUCAUGACGCACGCCGCCGAGGCGCUGAUCUCGGGCGCGAUCGUUCGUCCGACGGCGAUGAUGGCGCAUGCUUACGAUGAGGUUAACAAUGCAGGGAUGAAAGGGAGCACUACGGCGUGCAUCGUGGUCAUCGAUAAGGAACACGGGUUGAUGUACUGCUCCAACGUCGGCGACAGCGGUUUCAUGCUCAUCCGAGGUGAGCCAGGCGGACGCUAUGUCGCCCAUCGCAGUCCGCCGCAGGAGCACAAUUUCGGAUGCCCGUUUCAGCUCGGACAUCACGAGACGAGCGACAAGGCAUCAGACGCGAUGCGCACCAAGCUCUAUCUCGAGCCGGGCGACAUCGUCGUCCUCGGUUCGGACGGGUUGUGGGACAAUCUGAGCGAGGUGGAGGUACUCGCGAGCGUCGAGGCGUCCGUCGCGGACGAGGCGAAAGUGGAUCAAAAGGCCAUUGACAUCGCGACGCGAAAUUUACUCGCACGCGCGUACGACGUGAGUAUGGAUAGGUCGCGCGUGACGCCGUACUCGCUCGCCGCGACCGAACAUUUUGACAUGGUGUACAGCGGUGGGAAGAAGGACGACAUUUCCGUCGUCGUAUGCCACGCCUCGUUGAAGAGCGGGUUCUGA